AUGGCUAGAACUUUUUUCGUCGGUGGUAACUUCAAAUUGAACGGUUCCAAGAAAUCUAUCAAGGAAAUCGUUGAAAGAUUGAACCAAGCUUCUCUAUCAGAGAACGUUGAAGUUGUUCUAUGUCCACCUGCUCCAUACUUGGAAUACACCGCUUCUUUGGUCCAAAAGAAGCAAAUUACCGUCGGUGCUCAAAACACCUGGACCAAGGCUUCUGGUGCUUUCACUGGUGAAAACUCUGUUGACCAAGUCCUAGACGUUGGUGCUAAGUGGGUCAUCCUAGGUCACUCCGAGAGAAGAACUAUCUUCCACGAGGAUGACAAGUUGAUCGCUGAAAAGACCAAGUUCGCUUUGGACCAAGGUGCUGGUGUCAUCUUCUGUAUCGGUGAGACUUUGGAAGAAAAGAAGGCUGGUGUUACUCUAGAUGUCUGUGAAAGACAAUUGAACGCUGCCAUUGCCGAAGUCAAGGACUGGACUAACGUUGUUGUUGCUUACGAACCAGUCUGGGCUAUUGGUACCGGUUUGGCCGCUACUGCUGAAGAUGCUCAAGACAUCCACGCUUCUCUAAGAAAGCUAUUGGCUGCUAAGUUGGGUGACAAGGUCGCUCAACAGACCAGAAUCCUAUACGGUGGUUCCGCUAACGGUUCCAACGUGGCCUCUUUCAAGGACAAGGCCGAUGUCGAUGGUUUCUUGGUCGGUGGUGCUUCUUUGAAGCCAGAAUUCGUUGACAUUGUCAACUCCAGAAAAUAA